AUGAAUAACAAUAAUAUGUAUGCAAUGGUGAUUUUUCUACUUGUUAUAUCAAAUACGAUCAGUUUGGUAUUGUGUUCUUCUUCCAACAAUGAUGAGGUGAUUUCCAUGGUCGUGGAAGAAAAAACACCUUACAUGCAGCCAUCAGGGAUUAUGGAUCAGAAUCCGGUUCAACUUGGACGAUUCAGUUUAAAAGAUGGGAGGUUAGUGACACUAUCGCGGCAUGUGAACGGAAAAGAGAAUAGCUGCGUUCCUCCUGACGAUCCGUGUGGCGCGCUUGAUUGGUGCUGUGAAGGCCUUACAUGUGACGGGUACUUUGACGGAAGGUGCAAACGCGACGCAGAUUGCCUUCCUGCCAAAUCUGGGUGUGGCGGACUCACCGAACCAUGUUGUUAUCCCUAUAGGUGCAAUGCACUCAAGUAUGGACAAUGUGUGUAG